AUGAUUAGUCCUACCAGGAUGAGACGAUCUUCUGGGGCGAGUGAUUACUAUAGUCCAGGACUAGAAAGGCUUAGCGAAAAAAUAUUCGGACGAACAACAAAGAAGAAGCCAACAGUCAAAACUCCAAUUGAAAAGAAAACCAAAGGAAGGCAAACUUUUAUAAAGCUAACAUCAUUAAGCCAAAGCGAUUUCCAGAUUAAAUGAGCACUUCUAAUUUUCACUAUAAACCUUUACAAUCUUUUUACAGUGCCUUUAUUUUUAGGGAUUCAAGGAUUUCCUUGGGGAGUAUGGCUAGCGUUGGAAAUUUCUUUUGAGGUAAUUUUCAUCAUUGAUUACAUCUCAAGGAUUAUCUUUAAAAGAUUUGAAAUUUGAAAGCGCCUCUGGAUGCUGCAUGAGAAAAGCGACUAUGCGCACUUAUCAUGUCUAUUGCUUUCAUCAGUUCCUUAUUCCUUUUUGUCAUUAGCGAUUGGUCUCGAUUUAGAAGGAUAUACUGUUGCGUCUCUUAGAGCGCUUAAACUGCUAAGAUUCUUUCAAUUUUUAACAUGAUUUUCAAACCAAGAAGUAAUAUCAAAGGCUCCUGAAGGAUUAAAGAUGAGGAUUUUUAAAAAUUUGAUUCUUCUUCUUGGAACAAUUCACUACUCUGGGAUGCUCCUAGCAUUGAUAGCAAGAAUAGAAAUUGAUAAUGGAGAUACUGGAACUUGAUUACAGCCUUGAAUUGAUGGAGGAGCUAGGAAAUAUGAAAUCUACAUAGACUCUGUAUUCUGGGCUACAGCAACUUUAUCAACGAUUGGCUAUAAUGAUACAACACCAUCCACUCUUGCAGAAAAGUAUGCAUCAUCCUUUAUCAUGGUUAUUGGGGCUUCCAUCUGUGCGUGGGUCUCUGGGAGCAUUGUUUCAGCAUUAAUUACAUUAAAGUUUAAAGAAUAUGAAACUCAAGAAAAGAUAGAAAGAGUAAAGAAGUGAUGCAGACUAAGGCAUUUGACACCAAAACUAAGCAAGAGAAUUAUUACCUACUACUCUUCUAUAAGAAAUCAAUUUUCCUACAUCAUUGAUGUCGAAUUUUUGAAGGAGCUGCCAAGUUCACUGAGAGGUGAGAUAUCGACUGCUCUUCAUGAAGAUAUGAUACCAAAGGUUUCUCUUUUUGAAAAGGCCGAGCCAAGUUUUGUUCUUGAAAUUCUCAAAUACUUAAAGCCUAGUAUCUUUAUGAAGGGAGACUUUAUCAUAAGACAAGGAGACUACGGAGAAGAAAUGUUCUUUGUCAAAGUAGGAAUUGUUGAGAUUAUUGCAGCUGAUGCAGAAAUGAUUAUAACCCUUUUGUAUGAAGGCGAUUAUUUUGGAGAAAUAGGAGCUUUGCUUAAUAUUAGAAGAACAGUUUCUGUUCGCGCACAAACAGCAGCCAUGAUCUCUUCGAUAGCUAAAGAAGACUUGGUUAGAAUCCUGAAAGAUUAUCCGGAUUACCAUGACUUUUUAGUCAAAGUUGGCCAGCAAAGAAUGGCCACAACUAAAAUGGAAGAUUUUAACUUUACUUUAGAAAUUCCAAAAGAGGAAGACUCUCCUGAAGAUGAAAAUGAUGAUGGUAAUGAAAAUGAUAAUAUGAAAUUAGAAGACAACCCACAAAAACCUGAGAAUGCAGAUAUUGGGUGGCUAAGAACGUUUAUAUAUAAUGAAAAGCAUGACCAAAAAAACCAAGAGCUCAUAAUAGAUCCGUUCUCGGGUUUUUUUUAUCUUUGGUCUUUUGUGCUAACUCUAGCUUUUGGCUUUUAUCUAUUUUAUAUCCCGUUUGCAAUUGCUUUUGAAUUUCCCCUGUAUGGAGUAUGGCUAGGUUUUGAUAUAGUUUCUUAUAUAAUUUACAUAAUAGAUAUGCCUAUACAUCUGAGAACUGCAAUUUUCACACAGCUUGGGACAUAUACAUGAGAUCCAUCAGUUCUACAAAAAAACUACUUAAACCGCUAUUUGCUAUGAGAUGUUAUUUCUGUGCUACCAAUUGAUUUUAUAUGUGAAGCAGCUGGCAGCUAUCAAUAUGUUCCUGCCUUUUUUAGAAUUCUAAGACUUUUCAAGUCUAAGAGAAUUUAUAGGCUCUAUAAAUACUUUUUCUAUAACCCUCACUCAACAUUAUCAUAUGCACGUCUUUUAGCUCUCUUCGUAUUCACUAUUUAUUUCAGCCAUUUUAUUGCUUGCAUUUCCUUUUAUUUAGGUAAACUGCAAUACUGAAUUGAUCCAGAUGCUCGUUUUAAUCAUCAAAAUUUCAUCAAUUCAUUCCCUCUUAAUCACUAUUACCCUCCUGGAACAAUCAUUUUAGAUAUCCCAAUAUAUGAUCAAUAUGUGAAUUUAUUAUACUUCGGGUACUCAAUAAGUACCUCUGGAGCGUAUGGUGAUAUCCCUGUCCCAACAGUAGCUGAAAAAGCCCUCAAUAUUUUCUUUAAUAUCUCUUCUAUGAUACUAGCCGCAUUUAUUAUUGGAGAAGCAGCAAGCUUGGCUUCAAGCUACCAUAAAAAUCAAACUGAGUAUUUAAAAAAAUUGAGAGUGAUAAAGGAAUGGAUGGCUCACUGUGAUCUUUCUCAGGAAUUGCAAAGGCGUAUCUUAAAUUACUACGAUCUUCUUUGAAACAAACUACAGGGCUAUGAUGAUGAAGAAAUCAUGCAGGAUUUCCCAGAAACCCUGACUCCCCUUUUCUAUAUAAUUUUAUAGUAAUUUUUUUCUUCGAAAUAUAAAAAGAUUUCAACUGGAAAGCAAAAGCUAUUAAGUUUGUAAAACUAGUUUUUAAAAUGCAAGCUGUUUAAAUUCAAAAGAAUUAGUGAGAGAUUUCAUUAUAAUGAUUAAAAAAAUUUUUGCUCGCCCACGAAGGGAGAGUUUUGGCCAAAAAUAGGGAUUGUUCCAAUGGUUUUGUUCACUUAUGGAAUGGGGAAGUGAGAACUGAUAUCAAAUUCUUUUUAUUUUCAGACCUCACCAAGUCUGGGUUUUUCCCAGAGGAGGAAAAAGGAGCUAUGCUGUCUAUAGUGAGAAAAUAUAGGCUCUCGAUGGUUUGCGAAGGUGAAACAAUUGUUUCAGAAGGCGAAUUAGGGCUCGAGAUGUAUUUUAUACUUGAUGGAGAAGUAGAAGUCGUGUCUUCAGCAGGGAUUGUUUUGAAUUCUAUUAAGAGUGGCUCUGUAUUUGGCGAAAUGGCUCUACUUCAUGACUUUCCCUCAGUUAGAGUUGCAACAGUGAGAGCCAAAACUGAUGUGACAAUUGCUAUCCUUUCUAUCAACGACUUCAAUUUCAUUAUGAGCGCUUAUCCUGAGUUUUCAGUAAAAAUUCGUAAAAUUGCAACUGAAAGACAAAUGAUGAACAUAACCACAUUGCAAAAGGCAGGAAUUGAAAUCCAAGGACUCCCAAUUCUGACUGUCAGAACGUUGAUGACUGAAGGUUCGGAUGACUACUUCAGCAAGGAUGAGCCUUCUGACAGAGUGGAAACUAAAGAUGAAAAUUCUCCUGCAAAUGAAAUUGCUGUAAGCUAUUUCAAAAUCAAUCCAAUUCUUGUAAAAUUCCACAACUCUAAUAUGAGGCAUUAUCUUUAUUUUGUCCUUAACCUUUACAAUUUCAUAUUUGUCCCUCUUCAAAUAGCAAAUAAAUAUGGCGUCUCAGCCCAAGUAUUGCCUCCCGGCAAUGCAUCCUCAAGUUCAUAUUUAUUUAUAUCAGGCAAAGCUUUGCAAACCCAGAACUGGAUAGAUAGGUAAGCAAUUCUGGUAUGUUCGGAGCCUAGUCCUAGUCUGCUUUCCAGAUUGGAGGGAAAAGGUGGUUCAGAAUGGAAAGAUGAAGCUUAGCAUUAUCUAUAGGCACGACUAGGCUAUUUGGGCACUUUUUUAGCGUGAAACUGUGAGUACCUCAGGCCUUGAAUUUUUCCUUUUUGCUUAAAUCCAUUUUUUAGGAUUUUUGUGUUGGCAGUCUUCUUUCAAUCCAAGCUACAUAUCCAUAGCCUUCACAGCCGUCAAGGCAAGGAGCAUGAGGAGACAUAGAACACUAUUUCAAAGGCUACAAAUUCAUCAUCCCAACUUAAAAAAAGCUUUCCAUGGCAACAUCGCAAAGAGGUGAAUCUUCUAGGAGAUCAAUUUGCUACUGCAUUAACAGUAAGCAGCAGCCAGACCUGUAAUUAAGCUAAGCUUAAGCUCCUCUUCAAAUAGCAUUUGAAUAUGAUUUUAAUGCAGCCUUUUUGCUUUUUGAAGUGCUGUCAAUUGUUUUGUAUUUGGCUUACAGCCUCUAUUAUUGAAACUUGUAUCAGAUCCUUAGCUUUGCUCCUCACUCAAUUAUAAAAUUAAAACUUAAAGGUUCAAAACCACGAAGGUGUUUAUAUAAAUGCUUCCAUAACUUUUUAAUGGCUAUACCAUUUGCAUUAAUUUUUUGGCUUGCUGAUUUAUAUGAACCAAGAGAGCUUGUGGCUAUUUUUUCAGUUAUUAGAAUUACUGGGUGCUAUUAUAUAGCAGAAUUUUAUGACAUUAUGAAAAAGCAAUUCCCAUCUAUUUUUACAUUAUUAAGAGUAUUAGAAGUCAUUGUAAUAUAUGUAAUGGUUAACCACUUUAGUGGGGCUUUCUUUAUUGAGUGCGCAAAGCGAGAAGGUAUAGCACAUGAAUUUUUUUUAGAUUAUUAUUGACUGUCCAUUUUAAUUUUUCAAAAUUAAUUUGUACUUGUUAAUUUUUUUGAAAUGUGUAAAAACGAAAAUGAUAAAUUUCCAUUGAUGGAUCUAAGAUACCUAAUUCGGCUUAGAUUGAUAAGAAGUAUCCUGGACAAUUUUUUUCUGAUCGAUAUUCUGCUGGGAUAUAGCGAUCUAUUAUGGCGCAUAAAUUAUACUAUGCAUUCUUGGCUUUCAAGAGUUCCCUCUCCUCAACCCAACGAAUUCAGAACCAGCUCCUCUGGGCCUUUAACGCAUCAGACUGUUUAUAUCCAUGCAUUUCAUUGGUCUUCAAUAGUAGUUUCUCAUGCAGGAUAUGGAUGGGUUGUAAGCAACUCUCCAUCCGAAAAAGCUUAUAACUGCUUUAUUUUCCUUAUAGGGCUAUUUGCUUUUUCUAUAUUAUUUGGAAGCAUCACAUCGCUAGUCACAGAAAUGGCUUCUAAUCUACAAUUUAAAUUCCUCAAAAGCUAUAUCUUUGUGAAGGAUUUUAUCGCCAAGAAAUUCCUUGAUGAUAAUUUUUCUGGUGAAGUUGACGAAUACUUUAAUUAUCUGGAUAAAUGCAACAAAGGGAUAAAUGAUAAUGAAAUAUUAAAGGAACUGCCUGCUGGCUUAAUGGUAGAAAUAAAAAUGAGCAGAUAUUCUGAUACAAUUGAGCAGUCUCAGAUUUUUAAAAAGAAUGGAGUAGUUGAUGAAGAGCUUGCAAAGUCGAUUUUCAGGGUGGUCCAAUGAUCGUGCACUUUUGAUAGUGUGCAUUUCACCGAAGUUCUUUUGGCCAAAAAUUGGUUGAAAUUUGUUGACAGUGAGACAUUUGAUCGAAAAAAACCGUUAAAAAUUUCGACCAAAUGCCACACUAUAUAUAAAUUCUCGGCCAAAUAUAUUUCGAUGAAAUGCAAACUAUCAAAAAUCUACUGUCAUUUGACAUAAAGCCGAUUUUCAGGCUACUUGAAAUAGAAAUUUAUUUGGUCGGAGAUCCUAUAAUCCAUGCAGGAGAGAAAAGCCAUGACUUGUUUAUCAUUUUAGAUGGAGAAGUGGAUCUCGUUAAUUUUUGUGGAAAAAGAAUUGUAAUGAAUCUUACAAAAGGGAAUCAUUUUGGGGAAAUUUCAGUUUUUAUUGAUUCAAUAAGAGCAAGACCUUUUAAUGCAAUCGCAACUAGUGUGUGCCAAAUUGGACUACUGAAAGCUGAACAUAUCGAGUUAUUGAGGGAUGCAUUCCCUGAAUGACACCAAGAAAUGCUUGUUAUGGCUCAAAACCGGCUAGCACAAAUUUUUUCAGCUGAAAGUGUAGACUAUGCAAUUGCUGAGUUUGAAAGAGUUUACCAAAAAUUCCAAAAAGACCCGAAUGCUUCAAUAAAAUACUACAAUCGAACUGAAAAGCUCAUGGAAUCAAAAAUUCAAAUAAUUCUGUCCAAAAAAUCUAGUCACAUCUGAAGGAACAUUGCUAUUAUCCAUAUGAUUUUUCUCACUUAUACUUCAAUAGAACUGCCUUUAGAAAUUGGAUUUGAAAUGCCAUAUAACGGUUUUCUCCUAUCUAUGGAAAUUUUAUGCUUAAUUUUUUCACUUGCGUUUUUUUUAGUUAACUUGAAAUACUCAUUUAUAUUUAGGGAUAAAUGAAACCAUGAAAAUGAUGAGUGGGCAAAUAAAGAUUCUUAUUGGUGCUUUUGUCUUGAUAUAAUUUCACUUUUGCCAUUUGAUGCAAUUCUUGCUUCUUUAGGUGUUAACAGUCCUUAUUAUUUUAUAUCAUUCCUAAGAUCAGUCAGAAUAAUAGCAGUUUUCAGGCUAUUUUCUUUGUUUGAUAGAUUAGGGAGACACAUGAAAGAUAUUUCGACUGAGUUAAAUGUGCUAGAGGCUUCUGUCACUGUUUUAAUUUCUAUACAUUGGAUGAGCUGCUUAAUGUGAUAUUACAGUCUUCAUGAAGUUCAUUACUCAUGAAUAAAUCUGAAUAAUUUGGAAGAUACAGGAGUAGGAAAUGAGUACAGCUGAGGGUUAUUUUACAUACUUAACAUUAUUACUUGUACUGGAUAUGGCUUUAUGCAUGAAGCGAAUGAUUCUGAAAGAGUGUGAGCAAUGUUUUGAAUUUUCUUAAUCUCUCCUCAUUUUUUAAGUUUCAGAAAAAUUUUAUUAUAAGCAUAUAAUAAAAUUUGCAAAAAAAUAUAUACAAUUUGCUUGUCGUUAAUAUGCAAGGAGAUAGGAGAUAUAAUGAAUGCAAUCGUUUUUGGACUUAUGGCAACUGCAGCGGCAACUUCAAAAUCUGAAUUGAUAUAGUGAACUACACUGACUGGCACGGGGUGCUUUUGGCUCAGUUUCGAGCCAAAAGCACCCCGUGCCAGUCAGUGUAGUUAACUAUAUACUAUAUAGAAAAACUUAAUUCACCAUUUUGCAUGAGCCAAGGAUCAGAAAAAAUAAAAAAAUUAAUUAAGGAUCUUGAAGAAUAUCACUCAUUUUCAACCUCUCUAAGGCUGGUUUAUGGUCCAAUUGAUUAUAAUCAACUCUUUCUCCAUAUUCCACAAAAUUUGUCUAAAUCUAUCAUUUUCGAAUGCACAAAGCUGAUGCUUGAAAAAGUUCCCUGCUUCCAAUUCUCAGAUUCCCAUAAAAUUUUUGAAAAAAUCGCUAUAUAUCUCAAGCCAAAGCUGUUUCUUCCAAAAGACUAUAUUAUUUACAAAGAUGAAGACUGUGAGGAAAUGUAUUUUGUUAUAGAAGGAUCAGUUGUACUAAUUUCUUCAGAUAACAAAGCAAUGUUUAAGACACUUAGAAAAGGAUCAUUUAUUGGUGACAUUGAAUUACUAACAGAGGAUAAGCCCAGCUUUUCCGUCAUCGCCAAAAGCAUGUGCUACACUUAUUCUCUCCAUAGGAACGACUUAAUGAAAUUUGCCGAAAAGUACCCAGAUAUUUAUGAGCAAAUUUUGAAAAGAACUGUAAAAAAUAAUGGCUUGCCUUUGAAUUUUCUCAAUCAAGAAAGCAUGGACGAAUUUGAGUCAGCUAAAUUGUAUAAUAAUGAUUUAGGCAAUGUUCUAGACAUUUAUACCACCAUUAAUAUUCCUCAAUUUAAUAGAAAUCAUAAAAGCAGAAGGAUACCAAUAAACGAGAAAAAGAAGAGAAGAAUGAGGAGGUCAAUGACGCAAAUCGGAUCUCAAGUUUUUCAACACAAUCCAAGUCUUAUCAAAUUAGAUGAAAGGCAAAUGAGUAGAUAA